AGGUCGUCUUCGAUCGCCCCGACGGGGUGCCCCCCGGCCUCCUCGGCGUCCGCCCCGAGUCCCUGCAUCGUCGAGGCGGGUGGAGGCAUCAAAUGAAUCCAAGGCACGCUUCAUCUUCUCGCCAACCAACGCCCCUGACUCAUGCUGCUGGGGUGGGUGGUCUUUCCUCCUUCCAUCACUCUACUUAGUGGUGAUGUCUCAUGCUCUGCGCAGACAGUGUUUGACGAAAUGACCAAGGGACUAACCUUUCUUUCUCAGUUGCACCGACUUGCAAUCUACUUCGCUUCAAUUUCCCCACUGAUCUCUGUGAUGUUGAGCCUAACAUAAGUGUUGUGACUGACAGCGCCGUUUCGGCACAGCUGCCCACGACGUUCGUGGUGUGUGGAAUUCUCCCGGAUGCUGCCACUGUACUGCCGGAGGAUGACUCACGCUGCAGCCUGCUACAAGGAAUGGAGGCUGCUUCCUUGAUGCCCUCGAGUUACUCGACGGAAGGCACAAGAGAGAAUAUUGCGGUCGACUACAACGACAUCAUGAACAAGGAGAUGGAGGCCCCAAUCAGUGCUUCCCAGGGAGCCAUGAGGUCCCUUCCAGGUAAACUGGAGUCGUUGCUAUUGGGACGCAAGCACAAUCUGCGGCCAGAAGAGAAGAACAAGCUCCGCAUCCUCCAAGGUGAUCUCCAGGGACUAAUAGAAAAUUUCCUAUUGGAGCCAUCAGAGGUGGAGUCUCCUGCCUCGACGGCUAGCUUCUGGAUGAAAGACAUGCGCGACCUAUCAUUCGACAUCGAUGACUUCCUUGAUGAGCUCGCCGAAGCCGGCACCAGCGGUUCCAGGACCAGCACCCUCCAGACCCAAAAACUCCCCCGAGUUAAGAUCUCUAGGUUCCCGAAGAAGCUGAAACGGCACCAAUGGAUCUCCGUCGAGAUCUCAGGGUUUAGGACUCGCGUCAAGGAAGCAAUUGAACGGCACAAAACCUAUCUUGGUGACUGCAAAUGGCGGUCUAGCACCAGCAGUGGUCAGCUGGGUGAACGCCCGCACUCCCCAAUACUAUGUAGCAUUUCCCUUGUUAGUGUGGAGAGGUCCAUCAAACAGCUUUGCAGCUGGCUGGCUAACGAUGGACAGCCAGAGCACAAGGUGGUGUCCAUUGUUGGAACUGGUGGGGUUGGUAAGACCACCCUCGCGAAAGAAGUGUACCAUAAGCUUGAAGGCCAGUUUGAGUGCCGUGCUUUUGUGUGGGCGUCGCGAAAACCAGACAUGAAGAGGCUCUUCACCAGCAUACUCUCGCAAGUUAGGCGGCACCAGCUCCCCGAUUCUUGCGAGGUGCAUAAACUAGUCUUGAAUAUCAACAAAUACCUCCAAAAUAAGACGUACAUAAUUGUAAUUGAUGAUCUUUGGGCAUCAUCUACUUGGGAUAUUGUUAAUCAUGCUUUGCCUAAGGGAAACUGUUGCAGUAGAAUAUUAACAACGACCGAAGUUGACGCUAUAGCUCAGACAUGUUCUGCAGAUUCCUCCAAGUACAUGCCUUCAAAGAAAGAAGUUAACUCUAAGUAUAUAUUCAAGAAGGAACCGCUAAAUGAAGAUGAGUCAAGGGAACUUCUUUUAGGUACAGUGUUUGGCCUUCAAGCUGAAUGUCCUCAGGGUCUAAAGGAAGUUUCAAAUGAAAUUAUAAAAAGAAGUGGUGGCUUGCCGCUAACAAUUAGUAUAUUAGCCAGUCUCUUGGCAUGUCAGCCAUCCAGCAGCCUAGAGCAAUGGAAUUGCAUAAAUAAUUCACUGAGUUCCUGUUUGACCACAAAUAAUAGUUUGGAAGGGAUAAACCAAGUUCUCAACCUUGGCUACGAUAAUCUUCCCUGCGGCUUGAAAGCAUGCAUGCUAUACCUGUGUAUGUAUGAAGAGGACCGUGUAAUCCUGAAGGUUGAUUUGGUGAAGCAGUGGAUGGCCGAAGGUUUCAUCUGCAUGAUGGAAGGGAAAGAUGGGAAUGAAGUUGCACGGAGCUAUUUUGAUGAGCUUGUUAACAGGGGAAUGAUCCAACCUGUGGACAUCAAUUGCAACGAUGAAAUUCUGUCAUGUAAAGUGCACCAUAUAGUACUUCGCUUUAUUAGAUAUAAGUCCAUAGAAGAGAAUUUCAGCAUUGCAAUAGAUCAUUCUCAGACCGCUAUAAGACUUGCUGACAAGGUUCGUCGGCUCGCCCUCCACUUCGGCAAUGUUGAAGAUGCCACACCGCAAGUGGCGUCAAGUAUGAGACUGUCAAAAGUUCGAUCACUUGCCUUUUCUGGAUUGCUCAAGUGCAUGCCUUCGAUUGUUGAGUUCCAUUUUCUUCAGGUUCUGAUCCUUAAAUUAUGGGCUGAUCCUGAUAACAGGAGUGGCAAACAUAGUGGAUCUGGUGACCUAAGUGGCAACAUCCCUGAAUCUGAUGACUUGACGGACAACCUCACUGAACCUGAUGAUGUGAGUUGUAACCUCACUGAAAUUUCACAACUCUUCCGGCUGAGAUAUUUUCAUCUUGAUGCAUGCUAUAUGAGAGUGGAGCUUCCUACUCAGAUGCAACGGCUAAAAGAUUUGAUAGCUUGGGAAAUUGAUGCCGAAGUAGCAGCAGUUGCAUCAGACAUUGUUCAUCUGCCGAGCUUGCUCUACCUCAGCAUUCCUAGCGAGGCUCAUCUGCCCACUGGUAUUAGCCGCAUGACUUCUCUUCGCACUCUGGGAGUUAUCGAUCUCAGCAAGAACUCAACAGAAAAUGUUAUGAGCCUUCAUGAGUUGACCAAUCUCCAGGAUCUCCGUCUCACAUGUUCCACAUUACAGCCUGAUAACCUGGAAAAAAACUUGGAAUGCCUGGGCUCGAUAAUUCGGAAGCUGAGCAAUCUAAAAUGUUUAACUCUGGUACCUGCAGUCUCACCUCAUCUAAGUAAUCAGCAUGAUGUCAGUGCAUCAAGCAUGAGCAGUUCUUGGCAUUGCUUCACCAUCAUGCCCCUUCAGAGACUAGAGUUUUCAUGGCGCUGCUGCAUCUUCUCCCACCUACCUGAGUGGACGAAUGAAAUUACCAAGCUCUGCAUUUUAAAGAUCGCAGUUAGGAAGCUGUCUAGUGAUGAUGUUGUUAUUCUCAGAGGAUUGCCUUCUCUCACCGCCCUGUCCUUGUUUGUCUGGACCGUCCCUGUAAGAAAGAUCAUGUUUCACAAUGAGGGGUUCUUGGUUCUCAAGUACUUCAAGUUUAUGUGCGCUGCACCAUGCCUGGCAUUUUCGGAUGGAGCAAUGACCAAUGUCCGAUUUCUCAAGCUAGGAUUCAAUGGCAACAGAAUGGAGAGAUACAACUUGGUAGCUGCUGGGUUUGAUCACCUGAUUAGUCUCAACAAGAUCUCCACAAAAAUUGGGUGUGCCUUUGCUCCUGAAUAUGAAAAGACUGCCAAGGCGGUGUUGACUGACGCUAUUAGCAACCAUCCAAGAACUCCCAUAAUCAAUGUAAAAUGUGUAGAUUGGAACUUUUCAGGUGAGGACGAGGAGUACACUGAGGCACAAAAAGAGAUAUGGAACCAGACUUCUGGAAAACAAGAUGUGGCCACAACAGAAAACUCAGAUGAACAGGGAGUUAAAGAUAAGGACUUGGAGGAAGAUGCUAGGAAGCAAGCUGAUAUAAGGACUUUGACGCCACCAGAAUCCACCUCGCAGCUGCAUCCAGAUUCCCAGAAUGCAGCCGGGGUCAGAUUGUGCCUAGAGGAUGAGACGGCCUCCAUGGAGGAUGAAGUCCAGGAAGGGCCUAAUCUAGGCGUCGACGACGAGAGGGAUGUGGAGGUCAAGUUGGCGUUGCGGGUGGUGGAGCAAUGGGGCUCACUGUCGAUGGGGGACAGGCCUGUGUUUGAUUCGCCGGAGGAUGCCGGGGAGUACCUUGCUGCGGCCGCCUGCCUUGCGGCCGUAGCUGGGACACGUGUGGAGGCUACACUGCAGGUCGCUAUGGCUCGGCUUGAGGAGGAGUUCCGCCAGCUGCUGAUCCGCGAGUCGACAUCGCUGGCCAGGAACUGUCUAAUGAGGAACGUCGUCCCUGAUGGGGCGAUCUUGCCCUACCGCAUUUCUCCGGACACUGUCAGAACUCUUAAGGACAUUACGGACCUCAUGCUGCAUGGUGGCCAUGGGCUGAAGCUUUGCCAGGUCUACCGCGAGGUGACCCAACACAAGGUUAAGGUGUGCCUCGCCAUGCUUGGGGUUGACAAGAUGAGCCCAAAGGAGAUUCAGAGCAUGGAAUGGUGCAUCCUUGACCACAAGAUGAAGAAGUGGGUCCAGGCUCUGAAAGUGCUCAUCCAGGGCCUUCUUGCUGACGAGCGCCGCAUAUGUAGCGAGAUCUUUGCGGCUGAUUCAUACGCUGAGGAAGACUGCUUUACCCAGGUGGCCAAGGGGUGUCUCAUGCAGCUUCUCAGGUUUGGUGAUACAGUUGCGAUUGGGAAGAUAUCUCAGGAGAAGAUUUUCCGUAUUCUUGGUAUGUACGAGGCACUAGCUGAGUUGCUGCCAGAGCUCGUGGCCUUGUUCUCUGGCGAAGCAAGGAAUUUUAUGAAGGAAGAGGCAGAGAGAACACUUGUGAGUCUAGGGGAGGCAGUGCGUUGCACAGUUGGUGAGUUUGUCAACGCGAUACACGGGGAGACUUCUCGCAAAUUACUGCCAGAUGGAGGGAUACACCCGCUGACACAGUACGUCAUGGACUAUGUGGUGCUGCUUGCAGAUUACAGCAACUGUCUGAACCAUCUCCUUGAUAGCUGCGAGACUGGUGAGCUGGAAAUUUCAGAUAUGACCCCUUUGGGAUACAGGGUGAUGAUACUGAUCACCCAUCUGUGGGACAAGAUUGAGGAUAAAGCCAAGCUGUAUGAUGAUGAGGCGCUGGAGAACAUCUUUUUAUUGAACAAUCUGCUUUGCAUUGUGCAGAAGGUGAUGAAUUCAGAACUAAAGACUUGGCUUGGGGAUAAAUGGCUGCGUACACGCGGUCGUCAGAUGAGGACGUACUUCAGUGGGUACCUCCGAUCAUCGUGGAAUAGGGUAAUAGCUUGUUUGAGUGUUGAUGGGUUGCUACUCAUGAUGGGUCAGUCGAGUGCACUCAAGGAUGCACUGAAGGAACGGCUCAAGAAUUUCAACUGGGCCUACGAGAAGUUAUACAUGACACAGACAACAUGGAAGGUUGUGGAGCCUCAGUUAAGAGAGAAGCUGAAGAUUGCCAUCUCAAAUAAGCUCAUUCCAGCAUACCGUUCGUAUGUAUCAAAGUACCAAGGUCAGCUAAAGGGGUUAAAGAAUUUCACGGAGUAUGUAAAGUACAGCCCUGAGGAUUUGGAGAACCAGAUCUUAGAUUUCUUUGAAGGUUAAAGCUUGAGCAGCUGACAAUCUGUAUACGCUCCAAGAGAUGUUCGUAUCAAUUUUAGUGACUGGUUACAGCUUAAAAAGAGUAGGUGUCAAAUUCAUUAUUCGCCCUUUUCUGCUUGAGAUAUGUAUAAGUUUCACUUUAUGCAGGUGAUGUGUAGACACGUAGUACUAACUAAAGCCAAAUGGGAUAAGCUUCUGUACAUAUUGCCAGUGUUCAUGUGAUGCAGCAUGAAUUACACCAUCGGCUUACUUCGUGUG